AUGGGUCAGAAUAACAAGAGGCUCAACGGAGCUCCAGGUCCAACCAAUGUCUCUACAAGUAUGAACGGAGGUGGACAUAUGAAUGGUGGUGGACAUAUGCACGUCAUGAACACUUCGAGUUUUUCAAAUCAACAAGUUGCGCAAAACCAAAUGUCAUACCAACACACCGAUCAUAGCAAUGGAUUUCAGUUUGAACAAAAUAGUCAAUCGAAUAUGAUUUACAGCAGCGAUUCCCACAAAGUAACGUUGGAUGAUUUUGAAUUACUGAAAGUUAUCGGACAAGGUAAUUUUGCAAAAGUGAUGCAAGUGAGAAAAAAAGACACACAAAAAGUUUAUGCCAUCAAAAUUCUGAACAAAAAGAGACUGGAAGAGAGUGAUCAAUUAGAACAUAUAAAGACAGAAAGAGCUGUUCUACAAUAUGUAGAGCACCCAUUUAUUGUAAGGCUGGUUUAUGCCUUCCAAACAACAGAAAAAUUAUACAUGGUGAUGGAUUUUAUUAAUGGAGGCGAAUUAUUUUUCCAUUUGAAGAAAUUGAAGCGAUUUCCAGAAGAUCUUGUCAAGCUUUAUGCAGCAGAGCUAUUCCUAUCUUUAGAUCACUUACAUCGACACAAUGUUGUUUUUCGUGAUUUGAAACCAGAAAACGUGUUGAUGGAUCGAGAUGGACACGUCAUGUUGACUGAUUUUGGACUUGCCAAAUUCCUUUCAAAUCAAGAUAGAACUCAUACUUUUUGUGGAACACCAGAAUACUUGGCCCCUGAAGUAUUAUUACAAAAGGGACAUGGAAAGCCAGUGGAUUGGUGGUCUUAUGGAACUCUGAUUUAUGAAAUGCUUGUGGGUAUACCUCCUUUCUAUUGCGACAAUGUACAGGAAAUGUAUGAUAGAAUUCUCAAUGGAGAGUUGAUACUUCCAGAUGAAUUUAUUUCUUUAGAAUGUCAAGAUUUACUAGCAAGAUUACUGGAGCGUGAUCCUCGAAGAAGGUUGGGAAGCGGUCCAACAGGAAGUGAUGAGAUUAGAAAUCAUCCAUGGUUCAGCGAUAUUAAUUGGGAAGACGUCUACUACAGAAGAUACAAACCAAGAUAUAAACCAAACGUAAAGAGUGACGAGGACACCAGCUAUUUUGAUGAUGAAUUCACAAAACAAGCACCAGUUGACAGUGUUUGUCAAAACGGUGUACUGGAUGAUAAGCUUCAACGAGAGUUUGAGGGCUUUACAUAUACUGAAGGAGGAUAUAUGAUGAACAAUAAUGGAGAAAGAAUUAUUUCGAACUAUUAG